GUAGCGGUACAAUAAAGUACUAUGGUCGGGACAAGGUAGUGUCCUUGACGGUAAUGUGAGAGACAAUCCUCCCGUUAGCCAAUAGCAACCUAGUCCACGCUUAGUUAGGCUUCUCCAGCGUACGUAUGAGUGAUAAACUGACCUGCCCGCGGCGAAGCUCGAUUGUGGGGGUCCAGAGCUGCUGGGUACGUCUAACCAAUGCCUCCGUACCCUCUUCGGACUGCGCUCUAGCUCAACCGCUGCCUGCAUUGCCCCGGGGAUGCAGCGUACGCCGUCGUAACGUCGAUAUCUGGCUGGCCAUCGUCAGAAUGCUCGGCGCAUUGUAUCGAGGUUUCAUGAGCCGCAACCCGACGCUCCGGUGCCGUUUCGGCUGUGCAAUUUCUUCGUCGAUUGCCUGAAGUGCUCAUGAUAAAGUAACAGUGUGCUGGUAGUACAGCAUUUCGCGAG